GUGACCCGGCCCCCUCUGGCGCCAUGGGCAAGAAGAAGAAGGGGAGGCAGGCCGACAACGAGGAGGCACCGGCCGAGGACGACGGUGCGCGGGGCGAGGAGGACGACGGCGAGCGGCGCAUGCUGCCCGAGGUGGUGCAGCUGGCGGACCGGUUCGACUUCCCGGAGGACCUGGCCUGGAGGCUCCACGAGGUCAUGGACGACCGGAUCGACGAGUACGGCAAUUCUUUGUUCAG